AUGGCGACGAUGCCUAUAGUAAAUCCAAUGCCUCUAUUUGAUCCUGACUCGGACAUUGGAGCAAAUAUUGGCCCCAAGUGGAAAAUCUGGAUGGAAGACUUUGAGAUGUACAUUACCGCAAACGGCAUUACAGACAAAGCCAAGAAGCGAGCGCUGCUUUUAUACCAGGCAGGCACCCGAGUUCGCGAAAUUUUUCGUCAAGUCCCUGAUAAUGGAGAUGACGAAGGCUACGACAAGGCGGUUAAGAAACUAAACGAAUACUUUGAACCACAAAAACAUCGAUUGUACGAGGCGUACAAAUUUCGCGAGGCACAACAAGACGGCAGCGAAACUUUAGACCAAUAUUAUAUAUGA